UUAGCACCGUGUGUGUGUGUGUAUUGUUGUGUGCCCACUGUUGAGAUCAAGACAAUGUUUGAUUCAAAGAUUCGGGUGCCCAAAUAUGAUUCGGAGGCUUUCGACAAUGUCGAAUAUGAGCUCCAGAUGACAUACACCUUGGAGACGGAUAGGCGAAUCAUGAGCUUCUAUGACGCCAUGUGGGGCAUGGAGGUAUCCGGCGGAAGUGAUCAGGAUGAACCCCUGACCAUUGUCAGUGUAUCGGCUACAGGUCUAGCAAAGCGUGCUGGCAUGCGAGUCGGUGAUGAGAUAACUCAGAUCAAUGAUGUGCCAGCCUUGGAGAUGACCUUUAACGAGGCCCUGCAAUUGUUUCGCAAAUCCUCACGUUAUGUUAGAGUCUAUGUUCGGGGCGAUGAUGAUGCUCCAGGCGAAGAGGAUUGGACGUGUGACUGUUGGUUUAAGCCUCGCAAGCCAUGGCGACGUGACUUUACGCCCAUUGUUUGGAGCUUCCCCUGGAAUGAUCGCCGCAAGCCCGUGUACAAGGAAUCCAAUUGUUUUAUGGUGCCAAGUAAAAUGGAGGAGAAAAUUCGUCAGCGCCGUGCGGCAACAUCGGCAGUUCAUAAAAAGGAUGAGGCUGCCCCACAUACACGUUCCCUAACGCCGACGCCACGUCCCAAAAACCAGCCAGGACCCAAUCUUCUCGAGAGCGUAUUGCGUCCUCGAGGCCCUCCACCUAGGGACUUGGUUUAAAUGCAUUCGCAUUACCGACGGUUAUAAAUUGAAAAUCGGAAAACUGCAAAUUGGCAGAACCGAAUCUGCUAUAGUGUGUUCCUCAAGGCACAAGAACUGAUUUCUUGGCCAAUUUGAGCCUGUUAGGCAGUCGCAGUGAUAGGCUCUAGUGGGGGAAAUGAAAUUUCGUAGAUUGUUUCAUCAUAAAUGGAAUUUUGACGAAAUUUAUAAUAGGAAAAUUUUCGAUUAUGCAAAAAUAAAUGAUGAAAACUAAUUAAUUAAUAGA